GUUUGUCAGUUUGCUAAUUCUGUGAAUGAGGAACUGUGUUUUGGUGACGAAAAUUUGAAAUACAAAAUCGUUUUUAAUAUUUGAAUACUUCAUGCUCAUCAAAGAGUGAAUGGUGGACUCGGUUUGUUCCCAUACUGCUGCGAGGAUUUUGAAAUAUCCAACAAAGAUAAAAAAAUGACUUUGAAACGGAGGUCCAGGAUUUCGACUCCCGCCUGUAAUCACUACCUUAGGAAGAACAUUUCACUCUCCAAGAAACUUGAGAGUUUCAGAUUAUUGAGAGAAGCUAUUGGGAAUGCAAAGGCACGAGUGGUGAUUGGACACACUCAAUGUUGUCACACUCAAGUCGUCAAACCAUUGGAAACAAGACGAGAUGAUAGUAUGAUGAGACCUCCUCCACCUCCACCCACCCUUUCAGGAGACUUUCAAAGUCAUCAAGUCCAGAAUAAACUUGAGAAACUGGAGUUGACCAAGAGAAAGAAGCAGUUUGGGAGAAGGAUGGAAAUCAUCGAACGUUUACUCUUUGAACAGAGAUUGAAAAGAAAAUUCAAUCCUCUAGUUAAACCUCAAAGGAAAAUAAAACAGAAAUCAGUAUCACAGAGUAUUAGGAGACAGAUUUCUGUUGUGAGAGAGCGGAAAAAAUCCAAUGUUUCCAAAACUAAAUCUUCAUCUAAGACUAACAUUGAAGAACAUUUGAACAGUCUCUUGUUACUCAAAACAGACGCACAGAAACCAAGAGAGGAUAAUCUCUUCGUAUCAAAUUCCACUAUCAAUCAAAAUUUGGCUAUUCAUAAGGCCAUAAGACAUGAUUUUGAAGAAAUAAAUAGAAUUUCUCCUGAUGAAGAAAUUAUGAAAAAUAUUCGAUUCUCUGAAUCAUUUGUGGAGAAAAUCAAACAAGGGAAAUUACUAUUGGAUAAAGGAUGGGUUACUAAACCUUCAGAAAUUACAUUCAAGUAUGAAAUUGAUGAUCCGAUGGCAAUAUACAAGAGUAAAAUUGUGAUAAGAAACACCGGAAGAUGUUUGGCUUACUGUGGAUUCGCUGAAGUUGAUUGCAACAUGCUUGUACAUCCAAACACGUUUACAGGUAUCAAUGACAUAGAGCGUAUUUAUCCUGGGAUGUCUCUGAACUUUGAGCUAACAUUUUGCACACAUGGUGAAAUUAAUGGCGAUCUCCGAGCAAAAGCCUACUUUCUAACAAGAAGAGAGGGUCAAGGAGGUUACAUAGAAAUUCCAGUCAUUUGUCAUCCGACAAUUUGUGUAGAUCUACAACCUAGUGUGGUGACAACUAAUAUCCAAAAAAUGAAUUACUGGGAUGAUCCAACUACGAAAAUAGUAUUCCUUAUAAAUCCUGUAGAUACACCUUGUGAUGUGCAUUUUGAAUCAAAUUGUGAUAAUCUAUUAGAGAAAUUCAGAGAGAAUCUGAGAAGGUUGAACAAAGACAAAAAGAGCUUUGAUUUGGACAAGAACUAUGGCAAGAGGAUAAAAACCGAAAUCUCAAAAAUAGUAGCCAGUUAUAUAUUCGACUACAUUUUGUAUAAUAUUUUUGAACCAAUACAAACAGAACCCCGCUACUUUGCUGAAAUACCCAAGAAAUCAAAGUUACCUCUCACUAUAAAAUUCACACCACAACUUGUGAACAAGGAGGAUUUUAUCGUGAAAAAAAUAAACGCGAAUUUUUCCGUCAAGAACCAGGUCUUCCUAAAAAAUGAAAUAACAGUUCAUGCAAAAACUGAAGGCCUCCCAAUAGUGAUUGAGCCGCACCUCCUUGAUUUCAAAAUUGGACUGGUUGGCGCUUGUCCAGUGCAAACUACAUUCUUUGUUACAAACAUAGGCAAGAUUGCUGUCCCUCUGAAAGUGACAGUUGAUCGGGACUUGGGGAAGUUUGUUACUAUAAGACCCAAGAACUUCUCCGCAAUUGCUGGGCAGACUACUUCAGUUAGUGUGUGCUUGCAGAUAGGUCCAGGUUUCGAAGAAGCUGCAAACAGAUUCAUAGACCGAGUUAUGAAACUACUCGAGUUCCCAAUCUACAUCCAUCAGGCUUCUGUCCAACAUAAGGACAAGAUCACGCCUCUCACUCUUCCUGCAAUGGCAAUUUUGGCAAACUCUUUUGCACUGGAGGUCUCUGAGAAAUCCAUUGACUUUGGAACUGUUCGCCUCUCAACAUCCAGUUUACGCCGAUUGAGAAUUGUCAAUCGGUCGCCAUUGCUUCAGUUUUAUGGUUUCCUCAAUGUGCCGGAUAGUAUCAUGAUCAAACCUGAUUGUGGAUUUGGAUAUAUUUAUCCCGGAGAAGCUUUGACUGUGGAUCUGAUAUAUUCACCAGAUUAUGAAGAUAUAGCCUGCAGUGAUGGACAGAAGUUCAUAAAAAAUGUCAUUGUAUUGUAUACAGUGUACAGUGCAUCACACUUCAAAAAGUUGCAUGCAAAGAUUGCAAAACAAGAGAAAGAGAACAAGGAAAAACAAAUGACUGAAACUGAACCAAAGCUUAUUAUUAACACUGAUCUGGAAGAGAUUGAAGAGGGACAAAGAGAUGAUAUAAGUUACAAGAGAGACUCCCCAAGAUCUACUAAGAACUUUGAAGAAAACACGGAUGUACUUCCAAAAAAUGACAGAUUUGAUGAAAUAGGAAAACUUGAUAUCCUCGAUUUAUCAUAUGAGGCCAUAGAGAAACAUUUUGGGUCAUUUGUCUAUUAUAACGUGAUCCAUGGUGGUGGUAUAUCGACUAAUUCUACUAUCCCUAGUGAAAUUCCAAAUCAUAAUAAUUAUUAUUAUUCCCAUGAGACUGAACUCAUGACUACAGUGGAUGAAUUUGAAACUUUUGAAGAUGAAACUCGACCAAUGGAGACCAUUUACAGUAUGUCAAUCGAAUGCGGAGCCACUGUUGUGAGGCCUGUCAUGCAGUUUUCCUCCCAAAAAGUAAUAAUGCCUGCUACACCAUGUGGUUCGUCAUCAUUUGCAUCGGUAUACCUGCGUGCCAGACAACCAGAUGCAUGUAUUUGUGGUGAAAAAUCGAAGAAAAUAGAAUUCUCGGGAAAUUUUCAUAUUACCACUAACGAUGAAAGUGUUAACGUCCAGCCAACUUCAGGGAAAAUUCAUCACAAUAUGAGUCAAAAAUUAUUCUUGGAAUACAAACCAAAAUUGGAUAAUGAAGCCAUAAAUCGGACAGCUAAUGAACUUCAAUCGGAAGCUGAGAAUAAAUUGAUCGUCAAAAAAGAUAAAAAAGGAUCAAGUAAAUCCAGACCUUCAUCAAAAAAGAUGAAAACUCAGAAGAAAGCUACUAGUACCUCCUCAUCAAAACGUACUUCUAAGAAGGUGGUGAGAGUUGAUGAAAGUAGAUACCAAGAAGCAAGAGAAUUUCUGCUGAAAUCUUUUGAACCAAUUAGAAAAACAGUGAUAGUUCGCUGCAAACUUGAAAUUUUGUUGGGAGAUGAUCACAAAAUAAGAAAAUCUGAUCAGCAAGUUAUAUUGGAGGAAAUUGAAUGUCACGUGGUUUGCACUGCAGUAAAGCCAGAUUUCAUUCUGAAAAGUACUGCUCGCAAAGUGGACUUUGGUUUGGUGGCUGAAGGAAUGCGCAAGAAAAUUUCAGUUGGAGUUGAAAAUAUUUCUGAGAGUCCUAUAUAUCUGAAACUAUCACAUCUGAAUCCCAUUGGCAGCUUUUCUCAUUCAUUAAGGACACUUCCAAUACAAUGUAAGAAUUUCAAGAAAAUAAAAGGAGUAAACAAAGAAAUGCAUAAAUGUAGUGUUCUCAUAGACCCUGAUGAGAUUAAUGAAAUCAACAUUACUUUUUCCUCAAAUGAAGGACAAUUGAAUAAGAGCCUGGAACGCCUCGAUAUUGAAGGUGGGAGAACAAAAGUUGUUCUUUUUCUAGAAGCACAACCAGUCGCAAGAGGAGUCCAGUUUAAUCCCAAUAUUGAUUUUUAUAAUAUGGAAUGUGGGUUUGGUGGCCGUAAGGAGCUUGAUGUACUGAUAAGUAGUACAAGUAAAGGUGUCCAACAUAUCUCUAUCGAGAGAGAAUAUUUGAAAGCAGUUCCAUUGAACAUUUUACCACUUAAAAAUGAAAACAAGGAUGAGAAAGUUAAAACUAGUUCCAAGCGUCAAGGAAAAACGCCUGAAAGUUCCAAAGCUCAGAAGAAAACUUCUUCCAAAGGAAAGCCAGGAAAGAAUAUUCAUCAAAAUUUGAACAAAGAAGAAAAAGACUUCUUUGAUAAUUAUGAAAGUGAGGAAAAAUACGAAUUUGAAGACUUUUUCUCACUAACAUUCAAUGAAGUAGAAAAAGUCAAGUCAAAGAAGGGGAGAACAGAAUCUAAAGAGAAAAAGAAGAAAAAUAUUGAGCCGGUGAAAACUAGCAAUGAUGGAGAGGAACCAAAAGAUAUGAGUAAGAUAGAUCUACAUCCCUUGGGGAAAUGUAGGCUGGUUCCUAUAUUUUCUGUGAGGGAAAUAGAACAGUUGCACAAUUCUGUGAGGAAAGUUACUGAGAAAUCCAUUUCAGAUAAGCCAGACUCAUCGAAAGAUGCUAAGUUUUUGGAUUUGUCAAUGCAAGAGCAGAAAUUAAGUUCAUCUGAUGAUGUAGACUCGAUCACCUUCUACAAAAACAUGGUGUUUGUAGCAAAGUAUAAGAUUGUACUUGGACUUCAUACUCCAAUUAUGGAUCUAUAUUUUGUUGGAAAAGUAGUAGGGAAACGAUGA